GACGCCAUCAUUCCGCUCGUGGCUGGCGGUCGCGUCGGAGAAAGGCUCACUUCCACCUAGAAUUUUGAAGCGCAGGGACGCCGCCGGCACCGCGAGACGCCAUGAGUGACCUCCUCGACCCGAGUAAGCUGAAGGUGACGGAGCUGCGCGCCGAACUGCAGGCGAGGGGCCUCUCCACCAAGGGAAACAAGCCGGUGCUCAUCGAGAGGCUGCGGGAGGCGCUCGAGGCCCAAGAUGGCGACUCAGUGGAGCGUCCUGCUGUUGAGGGAGAGAGAGCAGAGGAUCCAGAGGGGGCUCCUGAACCUGAAGCAGAGCCCGAACCUGAACCUGAACCCGAGCCUCAGCCUGAGACUAGACCGAGGAGUGUAAGAGGAACUCCACGAAAGAAGUCGCCAGAAGCAGCUGCUACACCAAAGAAGAGAGGCCCAGAUGCAGCGCCUACGCCAAGAAAGAAGACUCCUGAACCUGCAAUACCCGAGGUUCCUGAGCCAGAGGAGGUCCUGCCACCUAAGGAAUCUACCCCCUCCCCACAGAAGGCACAGCCAGAACCCACCCCUUCGCCCCAAAAACCUGUGGCUGCACCCGUACCUGCACCUUCCCCACAAAAGACACAGCCAGAGCCCAUUCCUUCUCCCCAGAGACCAGCACCCUCUCCACAGAAAGUGCAACCAGAGCCCACUCCUUCCCCCAGCCCAGAACCAGCACCUUCCCCACAAAAGACACAGCCAGAGCCCACACCUUCUCCCCAGAAACUUGCACCCUCUCCACAGAAAGUGCAGCCAGUGCCCACUCCUUCUCCCCAGAAACCUGUUCCCUCUCCACAAAAAGUGCAGCCGGGACCCACUCCUUCGCCCCAGAAACCAGUGCAGUCCCCAGUGAAGGCCCAGCCAGAACCCUCCCCAUCACAAAGACCAGCACCUUCUCCCCAAAAAGCACAACCCUUGCCCACACCUUCACCCCAGAAACCAGCACCUUCACCGCAGAAACCUGUAUCCUCCCCCCAGAAACCAGCACCUUCACCCCAGAAACCAGCCCCUUCGCCCCAGAAACCAGCAUCCUCGCCCCAGAAACCAGCACCCUCACCCCAGAAGGCCCAGCCAGAACCAGUGCAGUCUCCACAGAAGACCCAGCCUGAACCUGCCUCACAGGCACCAGCAGCAUCCCCUCAGAAAGUGGCCUCUCCACAAAAGGCAGUCUCACCUCAGAAACCCACUCCACAGGGUCAGACUGAGCCUGCAGUUGCCAUUAAGGAAGAGCCUGAAGACUCUGCAAAACUUGGCUAUGAAGCAGCACCUGUGGAAGAUUUUGAUGUGAAGAUGGAACAGGACAAUGGAUUUGAGAUGGAAGUUAAAGAUGAGAUGGUUGAACCAAAGGCAGAAACACUGGAUGCAGCUGAAGAGGACGAAGAUGGAAGAAGAGGAGAAAAGAGAUCUCAUUCACGUUCUCGAUCACCUGACCACAAAAAGUCUCGGCCUGAGGUGGAAGAAGUUAGAAUUGAAGAUGAGCCAGACUUUGAUAAGACUGUUGUGGCUCUUGAUUGGUAUAAUUCAGAUUUGUCUCUCAUCAUUGAAAAGGAAAACUUCCUCUCUGCAAAGCCUCUCACAAUGCAAGGCUUUGGCUACGUCUGGCAUGGUGUCAGAGCAACCUAUGGCUUCACACGGAGCCGAGUGUUCUUUGAGGUCAAGUGUGAAGACAAUUUGCCUGUCCCCCAGCUGGAGGAUGAACAGCACCCUCAUGUUCUACGUGUUGGAUGGUCUGUUGAUGAAGCCGGGCUUACCCUUGGAGAAGAUCCUCUCAGCUAUGGCUAUGGUGGCACUGGUAAAGCCUCAACCAACCUUAGGUUCAAGGAUUAUGGAAAAACCUUUGGCAAAGGCGAUGUUCUUGGCUGCUUUUUAGACAUGGAGUCUGAGCCGAUGGUGAUGUCCUUCACAGUCAAUGGAGAGCACCAAGGCAUGGCCUAUGAAAUCCAGCAUUCAGAACUUGGAGACAGGGCCAUGUUCCCUCAUAUUGUAACAAAGAAUAUGACUUUCAAGGUCAAUUUUGGAACAGAAGAUCCAUGGUGUGAGCCACUUACAGGCUAUACUUUUGUUGGAAAGGUUCCACUUGAAGAUCGUGUUCUAGGCACCCAAGGACCUGAGAAGAGAGAGGAAGCAGAGAUCAUCAUGAUGGUUGGCCUCCCUGCAGCUGGAAAGACCACUUGGGUGGAUACAUAUUGCAAAGAAAACAAAGAAAAGAAGUACAAUGUCCUUGGAACAAACAGUCUUAUUGACAAAAUGAAAGUGAAUGGACUGCCAAGAAGACGCAACUAUUCUGGCCGUUGGGAAGUCCUGAUUGAACGUUGCACAAGAUGCCUGAACAAGUUGUUGGAGCUUGCUUACAAGCGCAGACGCAACUUCAUCAUCGAUCAGACGAAUGUAUACCCAUCGGCUCAGAGGCGUAAAAUGAAGGGUUUUGCUGGCUUCAAACGGCGUGCAGUUGUUAUUUGUCCCACUGAUGAGGACCUGAAGAAACGAACAGAGAAGCGUGAGAGGGAGGAAGGCAAGGAUGUCCCUGACAAGGCUGUCCUAGAGAUGAAAGCCAACUUCAAGCUGCCGGAGGAGGGAGACCUGUUUGAUUCCGUGGAGUACGUCGAGAUGCAGCGGGAGGAGGCCCUGAAGCUGGUGGAGCAGUACAACAAAGAGGGAGAAGAUGCUGGGUAUGGCCAGAAGAAGGGCUUCAGAGGGGGCUUUGGUGAUAGACGUGGUGGGUUCAUGGACCGCCGUGGAGGCUAUGGGAACCGUGGAGGUAGCUUCCGUGGUGCCUGGGACCGCGAUCGUCGAGGAGGCUACAAUGAUCGCCGCAACGACAGAGGUGGUUGGAACAGAGACCGCAUGGACAAUCGCGAUUACAACAGAGGAGGCUACAACAGAGAUGUAAGAGGUGGUUUCAACAGAGACAACCGUGGUGGCUUUAACCGCGAUAUCAGAGGUGGUUUCAACCGCGAUCGUGGCGGUAGAUCCAUGAACUACCAGAGCAAUUGGAGCAGGAACUCGAGUAAUGACAUAAAGAGCACUUCCACUAGUUCUACUACUAACCCAUGGGCAAACCAGCAGGGCAAUCAAGGCAACCAGGGCUUUGGCAACUACGGUGGCUACGGGAACAACCAGGGCUGGGGCAACCAGAACUGGAGCAACCAGAACUACCCACAAAGCUAUGGCAACAACUGGAGCCAGCAGUACUACCAGCAGCAACAGCAGCAGCAGCAACAGCAGCAGCAACAGCCGUACUGGGGUCAGGGCUAUGGUUAUGGAAACCAGCAAGGAUACGGAGGCAACCAGUCCUAUGGCCCCUCUAACAGUGCCAACACACCCGGCAACUGGGGACAGCAGAACAGCAACUGGACCAGCACAAAUCCCAACCAGCAGGCAUGGGGCACUGGCUAUGGCUAUCAAAACCAAAGUUAUAACCAAAGGAGGUAGUCUGUUGGUCUGGCGGCCAACGAGACCUUCAGGAAGGGGGUUCCGUAACUUCGAUGUGCAUAUAUCCUUUCCUAAGUUUAAGUCUUUUAACGUAUGGCUAAAUCGUUGAAGUCUUUUGUCUGCUUUCCGAGUCUGUUUGCCGUGUCCAUGCUAGAGUGGCAGGUGAAGUCAAAUUAUGUAUCCAUUUAGUGAUGGAAGUCUUGUUUAUUGUAGUUUUCACUUCAAAAGCAGUUGAUAGAUUUAUUUAAUGAAAUAUCAUUUGUAGAAUGUGAUUCUUCUUAGACUUGAUGCCAGAUACUGUAUCUGGUGUGGAGCGAGUGUACAGAUAACCGGAUAUUGUUUCUGGUUUUAGGAUACUUGUGGAAGGCAUCAGAUUUUAUCCGGUGUAAAAUGAGUGAAUGUUUUGCUGACUGAUGUUUUGUAUGUGUGUAGGUAGGUCAAGACAAAUUGGGUUUUAUACCUGAUUAAUUUAUAAAUCCUGUGAGAAUGUACACAAUCUUAAUCACUGUAAAAGCAGUCACUAAGAAUCAAGUCUUAUUUUCUCCAGUUUAUUAUAAUGCGCUGUAUUCCAGGCGUAUAGGUUUUAGGUUUGAUUUUUUAUUUUGGUAUUUCUUAAAUGUGAAUAUAGUAUAACAACCACAUACGGAAAAUGUACAAAGUUUUUUGGACUAUGAAGUCACAACUUCACAAAGUUUCUUGUAUCUUUCUAACUAAUAAGGUAUACUGAAUUUUAUUUAUGCAUUAUAAUGUUUGUCAAGAUAACUCUCUUUUCAAACAUGCUGAUUUAUUCAAAGACAUGGAUGAUCAUUA